AUGUUUGUGUAACUGCUAGUAUCGAUAGACUCGUGAUUAUACUCGGACGUCUCUCAAAUCAGAUUGUAAUUUUAAUUAAUCUAUAUUCUGAAUAAAAUAUUUAUAUUAUUCAUCAAACAUCCAAUAGUUUCAAAUAUAUAUCGUUUCAUCGGUGUCAGAGCAUUAGACGCUAAGAAAAAAAAAUGACGUCAGUUACAAUGAGUCCAGCGUACUUCACUAAUAAAAUCCACGCGGACGAUCUUAUUAAUUUGGUGGAUUAUUUAAAGACCGAAAAGAUUGAACUAGAAGAUUUACAGGACGAUGACAUGGUGUGGAAGGUGCUGCGCGACGGGAUGUCCAGAUUCGUGACUUGUCCACCCGACUCGUCCGAAUCGGACACGUUCAGAAAAACGAUUCGCACUCUUACCAUCGAUUACUUGAAGCUGGUUAAUCUUUAUCGAAUAAAUCGCGGCAUAUUGGCCGUAGCCUGCGUCGAAUACGUCAUGUAUCCGGGCAAAAGUGACGAAGAAUACGAGAAGAUAUAUCGUAGCAACGACUUUCACGUGAUCAAACUGUACAACGAAUUGUGCGGUCUUCCAAAGCGCAACAAACCCGACGAGUUCGUAAUUAGAUCGGCCAGAUCUUUUUUCAGAUGCCAGAAGUUUACAAAGGACAAGGGAUUAUUGAACAGGAUACGAUCGUAUCUGAAAGGCAUUGAAAUUGACGAUGAAGAGAAGGCAUAUAUAAAACAAGCGUCGAUUCAAUCGAUCCUUUUCAGUCCACUCAGUGGAUCUAAAGAAAAUGUUCCACCGCCAAAUACGUUUGAUCGCGUCGAAGAUCGUGAAACAACCUUGUCCACGGACUACCAGCAACCCCGUCCUCCAAAAACAGUAACAUUCGCAGACUAUUCUGCUCCUUCUUCCAUUGCAUCGAAAUCGGAUAAGCCAGUCGUUUCUUCGGUCGAGUCUGCUUCGCCUUCAGUCACGUCAAAAUUGAUCAAGUCAAAAGUUUCUUCGGUUAAGUCUGCUUCGCCUUCAGUCGCGUCGAAAUCGGAAAACCCUGGCUUUACUCUGCGUUACCUACGCGACCAGAUAAUAUUAGCGAGACAGUCCAAUAAGUACUUCUGGCCAGCGCGCAUAAUAGAAUUGAGCGAUUGGUCGAUGCGCGUUAAAUUUUUUGCAAGCCCGGAAGAAAACCGCGUAAUUACAUCGGAUAAAGACGUGAGGAACUUUUUCAAAGAAGAAAUCAAUUCCGUGACUGUGAGUCCCGAUACGACAAAAAAUUCCUUCAUCGAUGCAGUGGCAUUGGCUAUGUUAGAUAUUAAAAGGAGAAAUUUCUGUUAACCUUAUGACUUAUAAUCUUCUGAUCAUAAUUACUGUAUUUUUAAUUAUGAAAAAAUUGUUUUUAUUGUAAAAAACUGUAUUUAUAGUA